GGCUUCGUGAACUGGACGUGAGCAGCAACGCGGACGUGACGUCACGCGGCUGGUCGCACCUCGCCAUGGCGAUCGCCUCGUCGUCCGUACUGCGCUCGCUCAGCGUCGCUCACGCAAACGUUGGCGACGCGGCCGCGUCGGCGCUGUGCGCGGCAGUAGCCGCCAGCGCCACCCUGCAGGCCGUCGACCUGGAGAAGACGGGCAUCACCAACCGCAGCGCACUGGUCAUUAUGGAUCUCGUACAGACUUUCCCGCUCACGCUCACGAGUCUUCGGCUAAACGAAAAUGCCAUCAGCGAACAACUGCGCAUGUGCAUCUACGCCUGUCUCAAAAGUGCAACGCCACCUGCCGACGAGGAUUGCAACGAAGUGUCAAGUUCGUCGAGCGAGCUGGUCGAGAGCAUGGAGAACACGUCGAUAAGUGCUGCCAUCUCGCGGAUGGAUAUGUAAAAUUUAUACGUACAAGCUUUUUUUUGCGUAGAUAUUUUAUGCUACAGACUGGCGCUGAUUAGCAUGUAUACAUAGAUGUACAGCUGAAACGACCUUCACGUCGAUAAACAUGAUUUAAAAUGUCAACGUCUGCAAGCUAACCUUUUCCUUUGCGAUUGACAUCAUUUUGAUAAAGACAAUAUUUAGUUAUGGACAUAUAGGUACUUACAGAUAUUUAGAUAUGUAUCAGGUGUCAACAACUGAAAAGAUGUACAAUUUGCCCAAUGCACACACGUCUUAUAUAUAAGCAAGUAUCUGUAAUGUCAAGUACAUGGUAUGACAUCCUUGUAACAUGUUGUGGCACUGUGUUGUAGAAAAUAGUUGUCGUAGAGAAGCAGUUGUAAUGAAGAUGCCCACUAGAAGAUAAUGUAAAGUAUUUUAACUAGACGUAACAAUAAAAUUUGAAUCUUAAUUUUGAAUUAUUUUUCAAAUCAAA